GGCAUUCCUCGUUCUCUGUGGAAAGGAAAGGAAAGGAAACGAGGUGUCUCCCCUCCCUCAGGCGCGCUGUCCUGCAUGAGGAAAACGGUCUCGUGAGAUGCUUGGGAUUAAGCCCUUUCCUUUGAAUGGAGGCUCAUCGGCUCGUGACUGCCGCUCCAUUCAGGCCGAAGGGCCAGCUCAAGUGAAUUUGUAAGGGCUCCGUUGACCGGCCAUCAUCACUUCCCUUCAUGGCUGCUCUGGUGUUCUGCAAUGCAUGUUUCCGGAAACCCCAAGGAGCCUCUCCAAAGUUCAGCCUGACCAACUGUGGCCACGUUAUCUGUGAGCAGUGUCUCCAGAAAGGUAAAAAAGAUGAGUGUUUGAUUUGCAGAGCUCCUUGUCGUACAAUAGUACUUUCAAAAAAGAUGAAUUCAGAUAUUCAGUCAUUGUUUAUGGGAAUAGAUGGAUUAUGCAGAAAAUAUUCCAAAGAAAUCACACAAAUUGCCCAAUUCCAGGAAAAACACAGAAGACGGCUAUUGGCACACUACAGAGGAAAGAUUUCAAAACUGGAAGGAUAUGUUAAGAAAGCAACACAACAAAUUCAGCAUAUACAACAGCAACAGCAGCAGCAGCAACAACAACAGCAUAGGGUUUCAUCAAUGGAAGUAGAUCAUCUGCAAUCUUCAGCAAGGAAAACUGAAACAGUGACUGGACCUAUGAGAAUAUCAUUGAUAAGCCCACCUCAGAAUGGACAUAUGGGUAGUGUUAAAUGCAGAAGUUCUCAAUCAUCUGGAAUUACUUCAUGCCAAAAGAGUACACCAGGGUCAAUAAGGUCAUCGCCAUUAAGAAUGCCAAAUAGUGUGACUUCUUAUAUGUCACCAUUUGUAUCAUCACAAAAUAGUAGAAAUCACAUACCAGAUACUUUUGGACUAAGAAAUAAUCCACAUUAUCCAACACCUUCACUAAGAAAUACUCCGCAUUAUCCAGCAUCUUCAUGUACACCAACAUCUUCACUGUCAUCAGUGACAAGACACCCAAUCAGCCUUUCCAGUCUCUUACAAAGGCAACAUUUAGGAUCAGCUAGACUUCCAGGAUAUUCAUUACAAAAAUAAGUGCACCUGCAAGCUCUAUUCAACAAAACUUAUGCAUUGCAUAUUUUUAAAGAACAUCUAUAAAAAGUAUAUCACAAUGCAUACCAUUGUAAAAUAUCUAUCUUGA